GUCAGUUUCUACAAUGCUGCCAAUACAAUAUUAUGAAUUUAUAAACAAUGAUUUUUUUAAUAAUUGUUUGGAAGCGUCAGCAAUUCAAGAGAUAACAAGGGCUUGCAUUCUUAAAAAUUAGUGGCUUAUAUAUAUUUGUAACACUUAUUGUAAAGAAAAGUAAUAUGUUUUUAUAAUAUUUAUAAUACAUAUUAUAUACCUGCCUCCAUCUAAAGGUAUCAAGAAGAGGUUCACCUGUCCUAUAAACUUGAUAACAAAAUGUUAUUAUCAGGAAGAGCCUUGCAUUAUGUUUUCAAAAUACCAAAUAGAAAGGAAUCUAUGAGAUUCUAUUUAAAUGUUUUGGGAAUGAAAUUACUUAGACAUGAAGAGUUUUCAGAAGGAUGUGAAGCUACAUGUAAUGGACCCUAUGACGGAAGAUGGAGCAAAACAAUGGUUGGAUAUGGACCUGAAGAUAAUCACUUUGUCAUAGAAUUAACAUAUAAUUAUGGCAUUUCUAACUAUAAUAGAGGAAAUGAUUUUGCAAAGAUUUCAAUAAGAGACAAAGAAAUUUUACAAAGAGCCAUUGAACAGAAGUGGCCUGUAGAAAAUGGAAAUGUUGUAGUCGCACCAGGUGGAUACCGUUUUGAGAUUAUUGAUGAGCAUCAACCAAUUGACAGAGAUCCAGUAGAAUCAGUAACUCUAAACGUAUCUAAUUUGAAAAGCUCUCUGGAUUACUGGAAUGGAAUUUUGGGUUUGAAAAUUUUCAAACGUGGUGAUAAAUCAGCACUAAUUGGUUUUAAAGAUAAUGAAGCGAAAUUAGGAUUGCAAGAGAUAGGUAAAGCUAUCGACCGGGGCCAAGCAUUCGGACGUAUCGCAUUUUCGAUUCCAUAUAAAGAACAAGAACCACUGGCAAAGAAAGUUGAUGAAAAAAAAUGUACUGUUUUAACUCCUCUUACUGUUCUACCAACACCUGGAAAAUCUGAUGUCCGGGUUUUAAUUUUGGCUGAUCCUGAUGGUCAUGAAAUAUGCUUUGUAGAUGAUGAGGGUUUUAGACAACUGUCACAACCAGACUAUGAAAGUGAAAAAAUACUUAACAUUCAAAUGAACAAGGACCAAUUUGAUAAAUCAAAGUGAGCGCGUAUUUACAUUACAAUAAGUUUAAAAUAAUAUAUACACAUACUAUAUUCUUAUGUUACAUGGUUUUGGAGGUAUAAUAAACGUUUAUUUAAUAA